GCAAACCUCGUUGCCUCCCAUCCAGCAGGGGGCGCUGACGCCAGUCAAGGCUGCAGAAAAGGAAGCACGCCUCCUGCGGUUGAAUUUGAAAACAGGCGGCAGUUUAGUGGCUGGAAACUUCACAACAAGAUGACCGCCGACAGUGAGAUAGAGUUAAAGGAGGCGUUUCAGCGGGCCCAGAAAGGACACAACAACAGGGCGAAGCUGGUGGCGAGCCUGAAGAGCCGCUACAACAGGCUCGAGGACAAGACGCUGUUCCAUGAGGAGUUCGUCCACUACCUGAAGUAUGCGAUGAUCGUGUACAAACGGGAACCUGCCGUUGAAAAUGUGAUCGAGUUUGUGGCCAAGUUUGCCACCAGCUUCCAGCCUCCACCCAACGCAGAGGAUGAGCAGCAGCAAAACGAGGAGGAGGAGGACGAAGAAGAUGAUGAUGAUCACCCAUUUCUGAGUUUCAUCUUCAACUUUCUUUUAGCGUCGCAUAAAGCCAGCAGCCACGCGGUGCGUUUCAGAGCGUGCCAGCUGAUCAACAAGUUGCUCGGCAGCAUGGCAGAGAACGCCCAGAUCGACGACGACCUCUUUGAUCGCAUCCACCAAGCCAUGCUGGUUCGUGUCACAGACAAGUUCCCCAAUGUGAGGAUUCAGGCUGCUUUAGCUAUGACCCGCCUUCAACAGCCAAAGGAUCCUGACUGUCCCACCAUAAAUGCUUAUUUGUUAAUCUUGGAAAACGAUAGCAACGCGGAGGUGCGACGUGCCGUCCUGUCCUGCAUUGCGAUGUCGCCGCGGACCCUCCCUAAAGUCCUCAAACGCACCCGAGACAUCAAAGAGAAUGUCCGCAAGCUAGCCUACCAGGUUCUUGCUGACAAGGUUCACAUUAAAGCUCUUACCAUCGCACAGAGAGUUGGUCUGCUGCAGCAAGGUCUCCAUGACACCGCAGAGUCGGUCAGAGAAGUAGUCUGCAGCCGCCUGCUGCCAGCCUGGCUGCUUCGGCUGGAUGGGGACGUCAUCGAGCUGCUCCAUCGGCUGGAUGUGGAGAACUGUGCAGAAACCGCCAUGGAAACCCUCAAGACCGUCUUCAAAACCACGCCAACCGAAGAGCUGCUGCAGAACAGGGGACAGCUCGACAACAGAAAAGUGAUCCCUGUGGACUCUGUGACGUGUGAAAACGUGCUCUACUGGAGAGCUCUGUGUGAGUUUUUGAAGGAUAAAGGAGAUGAUGGGGAGGAAAUGCUUGAACAAGUGUUGCCAGAUGCCUCAACCUAUGCUGACUACCUCUCUGGGUUUCUGAAGGCAGUGCCUAAUCUGCAAGAGGAUCAGAAGGCCGACUACAACCAGCUGGAGCUCGUCAUGACCAAGGAGUUCAUCUCCCAGCAGCUCAUCCAUCUCAUCGGUUGUCUCGAUACCAACGAGGAGGGCGGCAGGAAGCGUGUGCUGGCCGUUCUGCAGGAGAUGCUGGUUCUCCCAGAGACCCCCUCCUCCAUGGUGUCCCUCCUCACUGAGAAGUUCCUCGCCCUCAUCCCCGACGACCCGAGGCGCAUCCAGGCUGUGGCAGAGAUCAUCUCAGAUGUGAGAGAGCCCAUCACGGUGUCCAGUCAGCCGGUGGAUGAGAAUGAGAGUCGUCGGCAGCAGGUCCAGCUUGCUGAGGUGAAGGUCCGCAUCAUGGAGGCCAACCAGGCCCUGGAGGACUGCAUCGCUGCUCAGGACUUCAGUCGAGCAGCAGAGCUGAAGGACUCCAUCGCAGAUUUGGAGGAUCAGAGAAACGAAGUCCUGCAAAAGAUCUCGGGGAUAAACCAACCUGCCGACAAAGAGGUUCGCAUUGAGAAGAAUGACCCGGAGACUCUUCUGAGGUGUCUGACGAUGUGCGCUGAACUGCUGAAGCAGCUGAACAUCAAGACUCGAACCGGUCCAACCAUAAGUGCCUUGAUGUCUUCCCUGGUGCUGCCCUCCAUAGCCAACGCUCACCCUGCCGUCCGCAACAUGGCCGUGGUGUGUCUGGGAACGUGCACCCUGCACAGCAAGGAGCUGGCCAAAACCCACCUGGUCCUCCUGCUACAGAUCGCCCAGCUGGACGAGGUGAAGAUCCGCAUCAGCGCUCUGCGGGCGAUCAUCGACCUGCUGCUGCUGUUCGGCUUCCAGCUGUUGUCUCCCGCUCAGACCGCCCAGCCCACCCAGUCGCCCGACAAGCAGGACGGCGACGCAGCAGCGGCCGAGGACAAGGGAGACAGUCCAGAGGACACCUCACAGAGCAUACUGGGGAUGCUCUCAGAGUUCCUGGACAGUGAGGUGUCGGACCUCCGGACGGUGGCAGCAGAGGGUCUGGCUAAGCUCAUGUACACGGGCCGCAUCUCCAGUGCAAAGAUGCUUUCGCGCCUGGUGCUGCUGUGGUACAAUCCCGUCACCGAGGACGAUACUCACCUGCGGCACUGCCUGGGCACCUUUUUCCAGCUCUACGCCUGCUCGAGCAGAGCCCACCAGGAGGUCGUGGAGGAGAGUUUCCUGCCAACAGUCCGAACUUUGCUGAAUGCUCCGGCGACUUCUCCGCUAGCUGAGGUGGACGUUAACAACGUGGUGGAGCUACUGGUGGAGCUGACCCGUCCCAGUGUGCUCAUUAAACCUUCAGCUAACACAGAGGAGGUGUGCGUCCACGACUACCUGGCAGUGCGCAUGUGCGGGGAGAUGCUCAAAGAUCCCACGGCCCCCGAAGUCCGCCUCUAUGCCAAGGCUCUGAGCAACCUGGAGCUCAGCAGGGAGGAGACGCUGAGGCAGGACCUGACGACGCUCCUGCAGCAGCUCGUGCAGGUGGUGAAGGAUCGCGUUUGCCUUCGAGCUCUGGAGAAGAUGUUGCAUCAGCUGGUGGACUCUGAAGAGCAAGCGGAGGUGCAGAACGCGAGCGCUCUCCAACCGCUGGACGUCAACGCAGACGAGGUUGCAGCAGAGCCCGCAGCAGAAGAUCCUUCAAAAUCUGCCAAGAGACCUAAGAGAGGUCAGAGGAAAGCCUGCCCUGCCAAAGGGGGCCGAAGGCCGAGCAGGAGGGACGAGUCGUCAGAGGAGAGCGAUGGAGAAAACGUCCCAGAGUCCGUUCCUGCGGUGCGUCCUUCACGGCGGGCCAAGACUGCAGCGCUGGCGAAAACCAAACUGGACCUGAACCCUCUCAUCAAUCAGGAGGCCAAUGUGUCGUAAAAGUCCAGCUAUGGCGCUUAGCAGGAAGUCAGAUGCUUUUAUUUGUUGCUCUCUGCCUCCUAUAACCGGUGCUACGUUUAACGUCCUGCUAGUGAAAGUAAUUCAUCAGCGGCUCUGAGUAAACGGAAGCGGCUAACGUUUCUAUCGCUGUCUGUUCAUCUUUCUCUGCGUUCAUUUGUGCUCCACAGUUUUGUCUGUUUUUAUGUUUUUUUAGCGUCAUGAUUAAAGCAAAUACUGUUCAAGAAAA